CUCUCUUCCCCGCAAGUCGCAAGUUGCAAGCUUCAACCUCCUUCAUCCUCUAAUCCAACAGCGACGCCUAACAAGCAUCACAUGAUAGCAAGGUGAUAGCUGAUUUACAUUGAAGGCAUAAGAAGUGAUCGAGGGGUAAGAAAAAGGAGACAGAUGCGGGCGCACCUUACAAAAUCGUUUUUGCACAUAGAGGCCUUGAGGCAGCCUUCCAAGUCUCCAUGGUUUUUUGUGUGUUCUUCCUACUGUGAUGCUCCUCACAAGAAGUCAAAGCUUGCCCCUCUACAGGAAAGGAGAAUGAUAGACAGGUUCAGGCUUUAUGCUAAAGGGGGUGGUGGUGGCAGUGGUUGCACCAGCACUCGCCGUAGUCGGCAUGAUCGCCGAGGAAGACCUGAUGGUGGGAAUGGUGGAAGAGGUGGUGAUGUGAUUUUGGAAUGUUCCCCAAGAGUUUGGGACUUCAGCGGUUUGCAACCUCACCUUAUUGCACAGAGAGGGGGACAUGGAUCCUCAAAGAAUAAAAUUGGCACCAGAGGAGCAGAUAAGGUUGCCCAAGUGCCCAUUGGCACUGUGAUUCAUAUUAUGAAGGGUGAAAUUCCUUCUGUAGUUGUAAGCCAUUUUUCUGAAGAUUUGGAUCCAUGGGAGAUUCCAGGUAUGCCUAUUGGUGAUGCAACUGGAUCUGACCAGCACUGUGCCCUUUCUAGCCUAAAUACAGAGGAGGAUACUGGCAGCUCAUCAUCUCAACCUCAAAGAACCGUAGAGGAAUCAGCUGGCAAAACUACCCAAGUUGGAUUAACUGAUAUUCAUUCUCAAUCUUCAUCUUCUUCAUCUGAGAGUUGCACUGAAGAUGAGACAGAGAAAAAAGAACAACUUCAGUUGAAUGUUGCUGAAUUGACUGUACAAGGUCAACGAAUAACUAUUGCUCGUGGAGGGGAAGGUGGUUUGGGUAAUGUGUCCUCUGUGAAAGUAUUUGAUGAUGAGGAGUCGUCCAUUCGUGUUGGUUUGCCUGGUUCUGAAGCUGUUCUUAUAUUAGAGCUAAAGAGCAUUGCUGAUGUGAGCCUAGUGGGAAUGCCAAAUGCCGGUAAAAGCACUCUACUGGGGGCUAUAUCGAGGGCUAAGCCUGCAGUGGGCCAUUAUGCCUUCACAACUCUUAGACCCAAUUUGGGGAAUCUGAACUUCGAGGACUUUUCACUCACAGUUGCUGAUGUUCCAGGAUAUGUGGUAGACUUGGCUUCUGCAUUGGAUGGUAGAAAGGGAACACCGCCUUGGGAACAGCUUAGGGAUUUAGUUUUAGAGCUUGAGUACCAUCUAGAGGGUUUAUCAAAUCGGCCAUCCUUGAUAGUAGCAAAUAAAAUAGAUGAAGACGGUGCUGAAGAAGUGUAUGAAGAAUUGAAAAGAAGGGUGCAAGAUGUUUCUAUAUUCCCUGUAUGUGCUGUUUUGGAGGAAGGAGUGCCAGAGCUAAAAACUGGUCUUAGGAUGCUUGUGAAUGGUGAAAUUUCAGACAGACUCCAUUUAGAUAAAAUUAUGGUUGACUAAAGUUUAGUGAUAUCUCUGCAGAAAAGAAUAUCGUUUUGCCGGCAUAGCACAAUGAUCAAUUGUUUGAGUUGUAGAGUUUCAAUUCAGAUUGUAGGUAUUUCAAAGCCAACGUGAGUUGUAGAUUUACAUUGUUUUGCAGUAUCCAUACUAAGUUUUGCACAUGAACAUCACACUCUCAGUUUAGAACUAUACUUCUGUAAGGCAAUCAUUUCUUUUCAGUGUCAGUAUACCCAUGUAUGUAUUGCAACCCAAAAAUGAAAUUUCAAAAUAUGAACAAAUGAUUUUUCUUUUUAGUGGUCAGACAGAAUCAUCAUGUUAGCAAAUAUGUUUGAAUCACCAGAUUGAAAUGAAGAUCAAGCUCACUAAUGUGAUUUGAUUUGCAA